GAAAGGGAAGUAAGCCACAUAAAUCUGACCAACAGCACAAGCAUCUCAAUUUGAAUCCACAAAGUUUUGGAUAAUGAAAAGAAAUACAUAAUCUUAAUUCAACCCAAGUGUUUUCCAAGCAGAUUAUAUUUGCUUAAAUUGCUACAGUAAUUCAAGGACAGCCCUGUCUGGAUACACAGUUACUGUGGAUUUUUAAGAGACUCAGUUAAAGAAUUUAGGAAUAUCUGAUUCAAUUUACAGGAUUUGCAAAUUCAUCAACCCCUGAAAACUAAAGCAAACUUAACAGGGCAGAAAAGAGCAUCGAAAAACAGAAGCUGCAGUGGGAAAAUAUUGGUUAAUAUUAACUAAGACCAAGAGCGUCUCCUCUCAUAGGACAAAAAAGGAACAUGGGCUUUUUAAGUCUAGCACAUGUCCUUUUCUUCUUUUUUGGAGUCAAAGUAUAUUGCCAAUAUGAAAAUUAUCAAUGGGAUGAAGAUUAUGAUCAAGACCCAGAUGAUGUCUACCAACCAGAAUUCCAAUUUCAUCAAAAUGAGGACUUUCAAGUUCCUUUUCAUCAGUAUAUGUUAGGCUGUGCCACUGAAUGCUUCUGUCCACCCAAUUUUCCAUCAUCAAUGUAUUGUGACAAUCGCAAACUCAAGACUAUCCCACGUGUCCCAGCACACAUACAGCAGGUCUACCUUCAAUUCAAUGAAAUUGAGGCUGUGACUGCGGAUUCAUUCAUCAACGCAACUCAUCUCAAAGAAAUCAACCUCAGCCACAACAAAAUUACAUCUCAAAAGAUUGAUCAUGGUGUGUUUGCUAAGUUGUCAAAUCUACUACAACUUCACCUACAGCAUAACAAUUUAGAAGAAUUUCCAUUUCCUCUCCCUAAGUCUUUGGAGAGACUUCUUCUUGGCUAUAAUGAGAUCUCCAGAUUGCAGACAAAUGCCAUGGAUGGGCUAGUAAACUUGACAAUGCUUGAUCUCUGUUACAAUCAUCUCGAGGAUUCCAUGUUACAAGAAAACGUACUUGCCAAAAUGGAAAAAUUAAUGCAGCUCAACCUAUGUAAUAACAGAUUAGAGUCAAUGCCUCCUGGUCUGCCUUCUUCACUUAUGUACCUGUCUUUGGAAAAUAAUUCAAUUUCUGCUAUACCAGAAAAUUACUUCAAAAAACUUCCCAAACUCCAGGCUCUACGAAUGUCACACAACAAACUACAAGAUAUCCCACAUAAUAUUUUUAAUCUUCCCAACCUUAUAGAGCUCAAUGUUGGACACAACAAACUGAAGCAAGCAUUCUAUAUUCCAAGAAGUUUACAACACCUAUACCUAGAAAAUAAUGAAAUUGAAAAUAUCAAUGUUACAGUGAUGUGUCCGUCUGUUGACCCACUGUAUUACCACCACUUAACGUACAUCCGUAUGGACCAAAAUAAGCUGAAAGAGCCAAUAAGCUCAUAUGUUUCCCUCUGCUUUCCUAAUUUACACACUAUUUAUUAUGGCGAGCAGAGAAGCACUAAUGGGCAAACAAUACAACUGAAGACUCAGGUUUUCAGGAAAUUUCCGGAUGAUCCUGAUAGUGAAGAACAUGAAGAUCACCAAGAAGGUCCAGAGCAAGAAGAAACAGAAGAAAACAUUGACCCUCACUAUUAUGGAAGUUAAGCAUG